AUGGCCGGUGGUGUCAAGAAACCCGUCAACAUCUUCAAGUUGAAGAACCUGGGCGAGCCCAAAGAGGUCUUCAACUGGAGACUAUGGUUCGCUGUCGUCUCGUUCGCGCUGCUGGGCGCUGCCCGCGGCGUCGACGAGGGCCUGAUCAGCGGCGCUUUCAACAGCAAGCAGUUCCAAAGCACCAUCAACUACUCGUCCUAUAACAAAGUCGACCAGGCGAAUAUCAAAGCAAAUGUGUCAGCCAUGGUCCAGGUUGGCAGCGUGGGUGGGGCUCUCAUUGCCUUUGUGGUUUGCGACAGGAUCGGCCGUAUCUGGGCGACACGCCAACUGUGCGUCCUGUGGGCACUUGGCAUCGCCAUCUUCAUGGGCCACGGCAACAGCCUUGGUGCCGUGUAUGCCGGCAGGUUCAUCGCCGGUCUUGGAGUAGGCCAGACGGCCGUCGUCGGGCCCAUCUACAUUGCCGAGAUCGCCCCGGCCAGCAUCCGCGGCCUGUGCACCUGCUUUUUCACCGGCUUCGUCUACCUGGGUAUCGUCCUUGCGUACUUUACCAACUACGGCUGUCAACUGAACAUUGGCGACACUACCCCUAAAAGAUGGCUUGUUCCGACCAGUUUGCACAUCAUAUUUGCCGGCCUUAUUUUUGUCCUCACCUUUUUCCAAUACGAGACCUCGCGCUACCUGAUCAAGUCUGGCAAGCAUGACAAGGCCCUCGAGGUCAUGUCGCGCCUGCGAAAUCUGCCCUCAGACCACGAGUACGUCGUCCGCGAGGUCAACGCCAUCACCCUCAGCCACCACGCCGAGAUGGAGGCCACCAAGGGCGCCGGCUUCAUGGGCAUCCUGAGAGAAGCCUUCACCAUCCCCAGCAACCUGUAUCGCGUUGGUAUUGCUAUCGGCGCCCAGAUCCUGUCCCAGUGGUCCGGCGCCGGCUCCAUCACGCUCUACGCCCCAGACCUGUUCAGCCUUCUUGGCAUCACGGGCACCGAUGAGUCGCUGCUGGUGACGGCCGUGUUUGGCAUCGUCAAGCUGGUCGCAGCCGUGAUCUGCGCCUUGUUCCUCGUCGACUUCAUCGGCCGCAAGCGGUCGCUGCUACUAGGCAUCGCCCUCCAGGCAAUCUCGGUGCUCUAUGUCGCCGCCUUUUUGACGUCGGUGCCCCAGCUUGGCCGUAAUCCAGGCUACAGGCUCUCGUCAUCCGAGGUUGGGCCCUCCAAGGGCGCCAUCGCCAUGAUUUAUUUGUCGGGUGUCGGCUGGGCUCUUGGUUGGAACAGCAUGCAGUAUCUGUUGACUGCCGAGCUGUUCCCACUCCGCAUUCGCGCGUUCUGCACCUCCCUGGCAAUGGCCUUUCACUUCGCCAACCAGUAUGGCAACUCCCGCGCGGUGCCCGUCCUGUUGCUGCCGACCUCGCAGGGCGGCAUCUCGUCCUUGGGCACCUUCUGGUUCUUUACUGCCGUGACCAUCCUGGGCGCCGUGUGGGUGUGGUUUAUCGUCCCCGAGACGGGAGGUCGCAGCCUCGAGUCCAUGAACAGGCUCUUCGACCUGCCCUGGUACAAGAUUGGCCGCUACGGUAACCUCGACGCCGAGGCCCAGGACGAGGCAUUUGACGAGAAGCAGCUGUUGGCGAGCCGGAACAAUUCCGCCGAGCUGAAGAGCACGGCACAACACCACGAGACGAAUUCCGAGACCAAGAAUAGCGCAGAGAUUGUCUAG